AUGUCAGCUCCAUCUCCAGAGUUAGAGAGAAAGCUUUAUGUUGUCUACAUGGGCGCUACUCCAGGAAAAACUGAUGAAAAUUCCCAGAAAGCAGCUGCUUCUGUGUACCUUGGAAUGCUUGAAUCUGUAUAUGGAAGCUAUGAGGGAGCUAACGAAUCGUUAAGGUAUAGUUAUGGAAAGAGCUUUGGUGGGUUCGCAGCUAUGCUCACUCCAUCGCAUGUCCAACAACUUUCAGAUAUGGAUGGAGUGGUUUCUGUGUUUGAGAGCAUGAAGUUCAAACCUUUAACAACUAGAUCAUGGGAUUUCAUCGGCUUUCCUGCAUCUGCUCAAACAAAUAAUUUGGAGUAUCAGAGCGACAUCAUUAUUGGCCUUUUGGACACAGGAAUAUGGCCAGAAUCAGAGAGUUUUAUAGACACAGGAUUUGGUCCCGUUCCCUCCAAAUGGAGAGGAGGCUGCCACACAACAUCAGAUUUUCCUGCCUGCAACAAAAAACUUGUAGGGGCAAAGUUCUAUCGUAGUUUUUCCAAUGAUUAUCCUGAAGGAGAUUUCUUGUCUCCACGAGAUGGAGAAGGCCAUGGAACGCAUACGUCCUCUACAUCCACUGGAAAUUUUGUUAAAAAUGCAAGUCUUUAUGGCAUUUGCCAAGGAGAAAGUCGAGGUGGAGCCCCUGGUGCAAGGGUAGCUAUGUACAAGGUUUGUUGGGUUGAUGGUUGCGCUGGUGCAGAUAUUCUUGCAGCCUUUGAUGAUGCCAUUUAUGACAGUUUGGAUGUUAUUUCUGUAUCGCUUGGCUAUAGUCGUCCUCUCAACUACUUUGAAGAUCCCAUUUGCAUUGGAGCAUUUCAUGCUAUUCAAAGGGGAAUUCUCGUAGCAAACUCUGCUGGAAACUCAGGACCUUAUAGGCCAUCUGUUAUAAAUAAUUCUCCCUGGUCUCUGACUGUCGCAGCAAGUACAGUAGAUCGCAAGAUGGACACAGAAAUUCGUCUAGGAAACAAUGAUUCUAUAGAGGGAAUUGCCAUAAACACAUAUACGAUGGAGAAACCAUGGUAUCCUUUGGUAUAUGGAGGGGAUGUUGCUAAUAUUUCUGGAGGUUUCACUUCAGAUAACUCUAGUGGUUGUCUAUUGGAUUCUCUGGAUCAAACAAAAGUUAAAGGAAAGAUAGUUGUCUGCUAUUACUAUAGCGAUCCUCCAGAUUAUUCAGUUCUUCUAGCUGGCGGUGCGGGUACUGUUAUUAUUUAUGAUGGAAAUAAUGACACAGCAUUCACAUGGAUAAACCCUACGUCAAUAAUAUCUACUAAACAGGGGGAAACUGUGUUGUCUUACAUAAAGUCAACCAGCUCUCCUGUUGCAAACAUUCAAAAAACUACUACUCCCAAAGCACCUGCACCAAUAGUGGCUUCAUUCUCAUCACGAGGUUACAAUUCAAUCACACUGGACAUUCUCAAGCCAGACAUCACUGCACCGGGUGUGAACAUCCUGGCAUCUUGGGUCAAGAAUCAGUCACUUACUGGGUAUCCAGAAGACAUGAGGUUUUCCAACUUUAAUAUAAUAUCAGGGACAUCAAUGUCAUGCCCUCAUGUUGCAGGGGCUGCAGGGUUUGUUAAGUCUUAUCAUAUGGAUUGGUCUCCAGCAGCUAUAAAGUCAGCUCUCCUGACCACAGCAUUUGUAAUGGAUGAAACAUUGCCUGGGAAUGGGGAUGCAGAAUUUGGGUAUGGGGCUGGUCAAAUUAAUCCAAUGAAGGCAGUCGAUCCAGGGCUUGUUUAUGACACAGGUGUAAAUGAUUACAUAAAUAUGCUUUGCAAGGAAGGUUACAAUGAUACCAGUUUGCGUUUAGUGACAGGAGACUUCAGUAGUUGCUACCUUGUACCACCAUCUAAGAAUGGAGGGCGAGAACUAAACUACCCUACAAUAAUGGUUGUUACUACUCCAGGAAAAUAUUUUCAAGCUAAAUUUCCCAGAACUGUUACCAAUGUAGGAGCUGCAGAAAGUAUAUACAAGGCCAUUGUAAGUGCACCCUCUGGAAUCAAUGUCACAGUGGAACCAGACACAUUAUCAUUCUCAUCUCUAAACCAGAAGCUAUCAUAUAAUGUUACGAUUGAAGGUGGAUCCCUAGGUAAUGAAACAUUGCUUUCAGGCGCCUUGACCUGGAGCUAUGGGAAUUACACUGUGAGAAGCCCAAUUACUGUGUAUGCUCUUCCAAUGUAG